AUGGUUUCGUCCUCUCCUACUACCGUUCAGAAAAAGCCAAUCAGCUGGUCCAACAUAUUUGUGGGUGCUGCCUUGAACCUGUGCGAAGUCACAACUUUGGGUCAGCCCUUCGAAGUGAUGAAGACCACAAUGGCUGCCAAUAGAAGCAUGUCACUGCCUGGUGCUAUUAGACAUAUUUUCUCACGGGGUGGAAUUAAGGGAUACUAUCAAGGAUUGAUUCCUUGGGGAUGGAUCGAAGGUGCAACCAAAGGUGCCGUUCUUUUACCUGUAUCCAGCGAGGCUGAAUAUAGGCUCCGGCUCUUAGGUGCCAUGCCAUUUCUUGCAGGUAUCGGUGGAGGUAUGGCGGGUGGUGUUGCACAAGCAUAUCUCACUAUGGGUUUCUGUACUUGUAUGAAAACUGCUGAGAUCACUCGUAAAAAGGAUAUUGGCCCGGAUGGUAAACCUCCAAAGACAACGCUUCAAGUGUUUGGAGAGAUAUAUAAGAAUGAGGGUAUCAAGGGAAUCAACCGUGGUGUCAAUGCUGUUGCUUUGAGACAAUGUACUAAUUGGGGUUCCCGUUUCGGUAUAUCCCGUUUGGCUGAGCAACUCAUUAGAAAAUUUACCAACAAAAAGGAAGACGACAGGUUGGCUGCACAUGAGAAGAUCCUGGCUUCUGUCAUCGGAGGUGGUUUAUCUGCUUGGAAUCAGCCAAUCGAGGUGGUUCGUGUGGAGAUGCAGUCGCGUAGUCCCAACCCAAACAAACCAAAAGGUUUAUCGGUUCUGGGAACUUUGAAAUACGUCUACAAGGAGGCCGGGAUGAAAGGUUUAUUCCGUGGUGUUACUCCAAGAGUGUGCUUGGGUAUCUGGCAAACGGUGUUCAUGGUGUGUUUUGGUGAUUAUGCCAAAGAGUACAUUGCUGAUAGAUCCCAAAAGGCCAAAAAACUGUGA